AUGUUAUCAUAUGGCGCACCCAGUACAAACAGAAGAUCUUGGAACAUUGCACCGGAUGAGAACCCAGCGGUCCAAGCCGUUCCUGCCGGGAGGACAUCUAAUAAGAUCCCUGCCAACAUUGGACCCAAUGAGUCCAUACCAAAUCAACACACUGUAAUCCGGCGAUCUUUAGGUUCUGGAGACUGGGAAUCAUCUAAUGUUAGUCCCGGUGCAGUCAAUCCUGUAAACGACGACAUUCGGCAGCCAAUAACAAACAAUUACGCUGCUGGCGGCGCAGUUGACAAUGCGAAUCCCUUCUUUAAACCCACAGACCCUUCCGCCAACAGACCUGGUAUUCUAAAGGCAACAUCUUGUACAGAACAGAUCCCGAUCGGAAACACAAGCACGAGUUUGGGCAACCGAUUGUCAAGAAACUUUUCGAACAAAUUGACCAACAUCGUGGUGCCAGCGAAUGGCAUUCAAGUCAGCGGGCACACACCAACGGCUGAAGGUUCACUUAGGGACGUUAUGGCAGAUACGCCGAUGCAAACACCUAUAAGGACGUCGUUCGCUUUGGCUCACGAGCAAAAGAAGCCUCGUCUUAGUUCUGUGGCGUUCAGUGGCCUAGCUCCUCUUUCGGAGAAAGAGAGUCGACCUGCUCCGGCUACAGCCUCCGAUUUGACCCCUCCUUCCAGCCGUCAACCCUCUACAACUCUGGCCAGCAGGAACACCUCGACCACAUGCCCACCAUCGGCUCUAGAUAGCCGACGCCCUUCUAUGGCCGGGCCCCGUCGCUCUUCUAUCUCUGUCACCAAUGUCGUUAUCCCUGCUCAUCUGAUGACCCAUGUCGAGACCAAUUGGACAGAAGACAAAGUCGUGGGUAGACGCAAAUCAGCAUACAAACGCGAAGACUCUCGCAAAUCCUUCAACAUCCAGUCCAUGGCGCAGAAACAGCAGGAGGAAAUCAAGAAUAUCAUCAACACAACACCACAAGCUCCUCGCCAUAUGAGCACAUCUAUGGAAGCCUUAGCUCAAGCAGACCCUUUUGCUACAAUGAGAGAACGCCAACCCACCGAAAAAGCGAACGACAGCGAGCAAGAAGACGAAGAGAAUGAAGAGCCAGUGACCCCAAACGAACCCUCGGAAGAUCCUGCUGAUCCAAUGGCGGCUGCUGGAGCAGUUCUAGGCCAAGUGGCAACUAACGAGACUCAAAACUCGAACACAGCCCCUCGAAGACCAAGUAUGUGGAGGAAAAGUGCUGCAGUGGAUGUCCAUAAUCCACACAUUGCAGAAAGAAGACCCUCCGUCUUCCAGCGAGCAGGGUCCGUCUUCCAGGGCACACUUCAAAAUGUUCGCAAAAAGGUCCGCCGAAGUAGCAUGUGGGACGUUUACGAAAACGCUAAGAAACGACAACUCGAACUUCGAAGAAAGCGCUGGGUCCAAAUCCUCUUCGAAUAUUCUUUCUAUGGCAUGCUUCUUGUCCUUUUGUAUUUCCUAAUCAUCGGAGAGCCCCUCUGGAAAGGGACUUACUUGGAGCUGUACCUGGCGUUCAAGUACAAGCUCAAUGUCCCUGGUUCAUGGUCUAUCGUCAUUGCGGUAUCUGUUGCCUAUGCAUACUCCCCGCUCCUUGUUUUGUUCGAGCCAGACCCACCAAUGCCUGAGGAACCAAUCGACGCUACCAAAACUCCUAAUAUCGCCGACACUGCUUUGAUGAUCCCAUGCUACAAGGCCGCCACCCUAAUCGGACCAACUUUGGAAGCUGCGACCAAAGUCUUUCCACCAUCGCACAUCUUCGUCGUUGCCAACGGCAAUAGUCCGACUCCCCUUGACAACACCGAGGAGAUCUGCAGACCUUUCGGCGUUAACCAUAUCUGGAGCCCCGUCGGUUCAAAGAUUGUCGCACAGUUUGUCGGUUGCUAUGCUGCAAAAGACUUCAAGAAUGUCUUGCUCAUCGAUGAUGACUGCGCUCUACCACCCAACUUCCCCAUCGUCUCUGAUCGACUCAAGGGCAACGUCAUGUGCAUGGGAUACACCAUCAAGUCUGUCGGACCCAAAUCUUCCAAAGGAACGCUCUGCCAACAAGCACAAGAUCUGGAAUAUAAAAUUUCUGGUAUUCAGCGUGCACUUGCCGGCAAGAUGGGCAGUGCAACCUUCCCGCAUGGCGCCAUCUCCCUCUGGGACAGGGAGUUUCUCAUCAAGACCUUCAGCAAACAUCCUGGAUUCAGUGUUUCCGAGGACUGGUUCUUCGGACACGUUGCUCGUCAACUCGGAUGUCGUACUCAGAUGGCAACAUCGGUCUUCAUCGAGACAGAGACUCCUGAUGCCGUCUUCUUCAGCUCCGGUGGCGAAAGAGGUGGGUUUGGUGAGAUGACGGUCUUCAAGCAGCGUUUCUAUCGAUGGAACUUCUUCUUCGUCAAUGGAAUGUACUACAACCUGCAUUACAUCCUCUUCUCAUGGAAGCUGGGUUGGUGGGAAAUUGGCACCAAGCUCUUCGUCUUCCAGGAAAUUUACGAGACGCUGCUUUACCUCGCUACCCCUAUCGUCGUCCCGAUCUCUCUCGCUAUACGACCUCAGUUCUUCUUCGAGCUUAUGGCGCUUACUUUCGUCCUCUACAUGGCCAACGCAAUCAUCUUCAAUGAGAUCCACCUUCGACGCAAGAACGAAAAAGUACCUCAGAAGUGCGUCUGGCUUUACUACAUGCCGUACAAGCUCGUCUUGACUUUUGUCAACGUUGCGAGUUGCUACUACGCCAUGUACAAGUACGCCACCUAUUUCGCCAACCGUCAUCCCAAAAUCAUCGAAGACGCCAAAGCUGUGAACGUUGUGCUGCAGCUUGAGGAAGAAGACGUCGAUGACGACCCAGUCUUGCCUGUUGGUGGCCGACGCAUGAGUGUUACUGCCGUGGGCUCGCAGGUCGAUGUUCCUGGCGGUGCAAUCGGAGGCCGCAGAAUGACCAUUACUGCCAUGGGUCAACGCUUCAGCAAUCCUGACAUCACAGAAGAAGACGAAGAAGCAGAAGAGCUUAUCGCGAAGCCUGAGCGCAAGGCUUCGAUCAGUAUAGUCAAGACUGGAGAUGCAUCUCGUCCCAUCGACGCUCCUUUACCUUCCAUCACCGUUGAUGGUCGCCGUGUAAGCGUCGGGUUUGCCACUGCUAUGGAUGAGGUAUCCACACCUAACGCCGCCCCUAUCCCUGGUCGCCGUUCCUCAGAUGCUUUCCGAUCUAAAGGCAUUAACGAAGGCUCCGUUCGAACCACAGGCCCUAGAUCAUCAAGAGCAAAAGGCUCAUUGGUAGGCGUAACACCCGUGCUCGAAGAGGCAGAAGAGGAAGAAAGUACCACGAGUGAGAAGAUACCCACAACAACUUCCGAUGUUGAAUCAAAGCGUCGCUCCAAGCGCAUGUCUCAGCUCAGAUACUCGUAUAUCGCUCCUACGAUUGGAGUUACGGAAACUGAGGUUCUGCCGCAUGCCGCUGCUGCUGCUGUUGUUGAUGACAGAUUGCUGAAUCGUAUCUCUGCGAUUGAAGGAGCAUUGGCAGCUCGUGGCAUUGGUGCUGUGAACUUUGCCGUUCAUGACGAGGGUGCGGUGGAAGGCGUGGCCAAUGAUGUCGAGGAAGAAAACAAAGACACCGUUUCCUUUGCUGAAGAUGAGAAGAGGCAUUCGGAUGCUCAGAGCAUGGUUUGA